CUCGCACAUGCGCAGAGACAGCAGAGUAAUUUGUUGAUAUCCUGCUUGGUAGUAUUCAUUUAGACUUUGGUAUUUCAAAGCCAAAAUUCAUCCCCAGCGCAGGGGGUUUAUUUGCACUGGGAAGCACAGAUACAUUAAACGUUAUCUAUAUGAAGGGCUGAUGGAAGACACACGGGAUUUGGCGGAACGCACCCCACGUUCAGAGCGCAAGCGGAGAGACUCGUUUGGAAUGUUUGAUGGCUAUGACAGCUGCAGCGAGGAGUCCACCAGCAGCUCCAGCUCAGAAGACAGCGAGGAUGAGGUGGUGCCUUCCAUCCCUGCAAGCCUGCCCAUCAUCAAGAACAAUGGACAAGUCUACACUUACCCCGACGGCAAGGCUGGAAUGGCCACUUGUGAGAUGUGUGGGAUGGUUGGAGUGCGAGAUGCCUUUUAUUCAAAAACUAAGCGCUUCUGCAGUGUGUCCUGUUCUCGGAGUUAUUCCUCAAAUUCAAAAAAAGCUAGCAUCUUGGCACGACUCCAGGGCAAACCACCUACAAAAAAGGCGAAAGUCUUACAGAAACAGCCUCUUAUGGCGAAGUUGGCUGCUUAUGCCCAGUACCAAGCAAAUCAGCAGAACCAGCCCAAAUCAAAAGCUGUGGUCCCUGCAGAGAGCUUUGAUUGGGGUCGGUAUAUCUGUAGCAAUAACACAAUCGGAGCUCCAGUCAGCUGUUUCAAGCAUGCCCCUAUGGGGACAUGCUGGGGAGACAUAGAAGAAGGAGUGAGGAUUGAAGUGACCAACUCCGAUACCAACCUCUCCACUAAGGUGUACUGGAUAGCAGAAAUCAUCAAGCUAGCCGGGUUCAAGGCUCUCCUGCGGUAUGAGGGCUUUGACAACGACACCAGUAAGGACUUCUGGUGUGAUCUCUGCAUCCCUGAAGUGCACCCGGUGGGAUGGUGCGCCUCGAGCGGCAAACCCCUUGUUCCUCCAAAAAGCAUACAGCAUAAGUACUCUAACUGGAAAGCCUUUCUUGUGAAGCGCCUCACUGGAGCUAAAACGCUGCCACCUGACUUUAAUGCCAAGGUACACGAGAACAUGCAGUUCCCCUUUAAGAAGCUGAUGCGGGUAGAGGUGGUGGAUAAGAACUACCUGUGCAGGACACGGGUGGCGCUGGUGGAGCAGGUAAUCGGAGGUCGCCUCAGGCUGGUCUAUGAGGAGAGCCAGGACGGGUCGGACGACUUCUGGUGCCACAUGUACAGCCCCCUCAUCCAUAAUAUAGGCUGGUCGCGCAGCAUCGGACACCGCUUCAAAAGAUCUGAUGUUACAAAGAAAAUUGAGGGACAAGCUGAUGCUCCUGCACUGUUCUUCCAUAAGGUGAAAGAUGUGGACCAGAGUGGGGAUUGGUUCAAAGAUGGGAUGAAGUUAGAAGCCAUCGACCCCCUCAACCUCUCAGCUAUAUGUGUAGCCACUGUAAGAAAGGUGCUGGCAGACGGGUACCUCAUGAUUGGGAUUGAUGGUUCGGAGGCAGUGGAUGGAUCAGACUGGUUCUGCUACCACGGCACCUCCCCCUCCAUCUACCCUGUCGGCUUCUGUGAAAUCAACGACAUUGAACUCACGCCCCCUAGAGGGUACACUAAACUGCCAUUUAAAUGGUUUGACUACCUCAGAGAAACAGGUUCAAUAGCUGCUCCUGUCAAGCUCUUUAACAAGGAGGUUCCCAAUCACGGUUUCCGUCAAGGCAUGAAGCUGGAGGCCGUCGAUCUGAUGGAGCCGCGACUGGUGUGUGUUGCCACGGUGACGAGGAUUGUGCACCGGCUACUGAGGAUCCACUUUGACGGCUGGGAGGAUGAGUAUGACCAGUGGGUGGACUGCGAGUCACCUGACCUCUACCCUGUGGGCUGGUGUCAGCUGACGGGCUACCAGCUCCAACCCCCCGCCUCACAGAGUACCAGAGAAAUGCCUCAAUCUGUACCCAAGCAGAAGAAAAAGGCCCAGCAGUACAAAGGCCAAAAGAAAAAGAGGAAGCUCCCGGUUGGUCGACGGCCCUUCAGUCAGACGGGCCGGAGGAGGAGCAGCUUCUCCGGGGACGAAGAGCAGAGUCCGCCCCCUUACCCCGCCCAGGGGCCCUCCCGGCCCCGACCCCGAACCCACCUCCACCAAACCCACAAAUCAGAGUCUCUCCUGCGGAUGAAGGAGGACACAGCAGAGGUGGACGAGUUCACCUUCUCACAGGGAACCUCCGACCAGGAGAGCAACGGCUCGGGCAGCUACUACAUCAAACAGGAGCCCUGAUGUCUGACGGAGCAGGACAAUAACAUCGGGACAAGACGGGCCUCUGGAAAUAAAAAAACCAACCCAGCAAGGACCAGGAACACAGAGAGUCUAACUAGCUUCAGAACCCCACUCAGACCAACGCCACUGGCCUUCUAUGGAGUAGAGGACAGGGAGACAACGAUGUCCGGGAGAAAAGGGGGCCAGUUUCAUGCUUCUGAAAAAGAAUUUCCUGAACGGAAGCACUACUCUGAACAAUUUCUCAAACCUUGUAGCUGUGUGUGCACGUAAUCGCUCACAACAACCUGGGUCACAUAUGUUUUGGGCAUUCUCUUUCGUACCACCCACGGAUGAUGCGACAUCAUUGUCUCCUCUUUCUCUCCCUCUCUCCCAUCCUCGUCUGAAACAUCCAAUCAGACGAGAGAUAUUUGGAUGCAUGAAAAACAACACCCUUUUUUCCACAGAUAUGGGAGUCCUUGACACCAGCCCUCCCUGCCUCUGCCACAAUCUGGGCUGCGAACAGAGACCUGUAGAAACUGUGAGAAACCAUUAUUGA